AAAAUCCCGGCAUACCAGUGGGGCCUCCAGUACUGAAGGGGUUGGGAACCCGAGGAGCCCGUCAGACACGGUUAGUUACUAGGGUAACGCACAUGACUUCAGAAGUACCACAAGGACGGUGUAGCUUACGCGACAACGUCACUGUCACUUUUGUGUUCACACAGAUUGUAUACUCCACGAGAAUACUUUCUAUCCUGAUAGUGGCUUUCAGCGUGUUAAAUGGAUUUACCCCUCAACGGGGCUGGCUUUGUCGCAGACUCCACGACCUGGCAUCACCGCCAUCCCACCUACUUUUGAUACUCGACAAUCAGCACCCACCGCGGUCUUCUGAUGCAGGACCCAUAUAUCCACACUCCACCUUACCGAUAACUAAGCCGUUAGUUUAUCACUAAGACUAGUGAUAUAUCCUCUUAAAUUCCUUCGAGCUUGAACGGUCCCUCGCGAAAAUCUAUCCU